GCAGUGCAGUGAGCUGUGUAGCCCGGCAAGGCUCAGUGGGAAGCAUCUCCAAUUUCCAUGGUAGCCUUGCUCAUGAUCCAGCCAGCUGCAGGAGUUCAGAAAUAGAAUGUCAAUGUGCCUAGGACUGGAAAGCUGAUAGCGCUGAGUUGCGACGUUAAUAAAACUAAUAGAAAGGAAUUGAUGAUGAAUUGAUGAGGAUCGAGAGUUGUGCAUGACAUACAUAGAAGAGACGAGACCCGGGAGAGAAUCGCGGAGCGAGCAGCCAGCGGAGUGACAAGAGCAACUACUCGUGCUUGAUCUGCACAGAGAGGGAGGGCGAGGUCUGGGACGAGGACGAGGAAGCUGUAGCAGUGCUUACUUCCCUGUUGGAUUCCUCCUUUGCUUGCCCGGGUGUGAGGGAAGGGCGAGGGAAGCCAGAUUCUCAAGCCUGCCCCUGUGUUUACGCCCAAGAUCAGCUGGACCAUUAUCACCUCACUCUGUCACUGCCCAUGUGCAGCUGCAUUGCCCACAACUCCACUCUCCACAAGCUAAGCUUGCAGCAGCGAGGGUCCUGUAUCCACGCUCGCUCCAGCGCCUCUGCACAGGAGCAGCUUGGACUCUCGGUGAGCUAGCUGGCUGGCUGUCCGAAGCAGGAGCUGCUGCUGCUGUAACCAGUGCAAGAGAGAGGGAGGGAGGGGCGCGCGCGCACACACACACAGAGGCAGGUAGACCGAUAGAGGGAGGGGGAGAAAGCCACCGAAGCUGAAUAAUAAAAAGAAAUCUCUCUCUCCAGAGAAGGCAGUCUUCUGAGUAAUCAAGUUAGUCAUUCGGCAACCGAUCCAUCCCGCAGACCGACCGACGAGAUUGCAGUGCUGAUUUUGUACCGCAGCACAAGCAAAAGCAAUCUCGCAGGGAAGGUGGAAAGUACGAACGAAGGCAGGCAGGCAGGCAGGAAGGCAGGAAGGCUUCAGGAAGCCAAGUAGUCGACAAGUCGUUCAAUCUCGACGAUUGAGUGAUUGUCAAAUUUUUGUUCGCGACUACAUUAGAUCUUAAGGAAGGAACCAUGUCGACCACCGAGGCCCAACAGGCUGAUCUGAACGCCGCUGCUGCGGAUUUGCAGAAGACGGCGAGUGAUGUCAUCAACUCGGCUGGUGCCGCAGGCGAGGACGCCAAGGCCUCAGCUGGAUCGAAAAGGGAGGCCCUCUUGAAUGUGGCAAAUAUUGUCAAGGAUCAGGCCAGUAAGGGAAUAGACACUUCUAAAGCCUACAUCGACAGAGUCGUUGACCACGUGGGAACCUUCGCUCAGCAAGCUACAGACAAAGCUUCCACGCAGAUCGGAGGUCUGCAAUCCACGGCCACAGCCCAGCUCGCCAGCCUACAGGAGAACCUUGCCAAGGCUAUCAAGGCCGGUCAGACGUCUGGCACUUCAUCGACUCCUGCUGCAGAUGGAACUACCACAGACAGGAGUUACACGCCGGCGGCGGCGGAUGGAUCCGGAUCCGGAGCGAACGAUGCGAUGAAGUUCCCGUUCAACGUCGUCACCUGGUGCAGCACGGUGUGCGGAGGCAAGGACGGCGCGGCGCCGGCCUUCAACGCGAGGGGGCUGUCGCCCGACGCGCUGCGCGAGGCCGCGGCCAGCGUGCAGGCCUCGCUGGAGAGCGGGCAGGCCAGCCUCACGGAGCAGGCCAAGGCCGCGGCCGCCAGCGCCAAGGAGAAGGCCUCGGCCGCCGCGGCGCAAGCGCAGGAAGCCGCGCAGAGCGCCCAGGAGAAGGCGCAGGCCGCCAGCGCGCAGGUCCAGGAGGCCGUGAGCGCCAAGGCCGCCGAGGCGCAGGAGGCCGCGGCGCAGGAGCAGAAGUCGCUGGCCGAGCAAGGCCAGGCCGCCAAGGACGCGGCCGUGGCCGAAGCCAGCGCCGUCAAGGAACAGGUGGAGGCCAAGGUGGCCGAGGUGCAAUCGCAGGUCUCGGGCGCAGGCGCCCCCGCCGCCCCUUCCUCAUAACUGCGCGCUUCCGAUCCCGCGCCAUCUUUCUUCUGAAGCGAAGUUUUUAACGUGGAGCUAGCGGUCGAUCUCUCUCCCAUGCAUGGUCUACGACAUCCCCGGAGCAGUUAGCCACUGCGCACUUCUUGCCGUAGCGCACGAUUCAGAAGAGUGUGUGUGUGAGAGAGUCUGAUAGUCCGAGAGACAGAAGACAGAGAGUUUUUGUGUGUGUGUCUGAGGUCUGAGGAGGGACACGAGCACGCGGUGCCACGCGAGCGAGGAGGACGACUUCCAUGUAUACAUACCUACAGUAGUCGAGUCUUUCAGUCGAGUUCGAGUGUAUUUGUUUAGACAGUAGGAACCCAUACAGUACUACGGUAGUAGAGAAUUGACAGCGGCCUAGUUUUUCUUUGACUGGAUGAUGAUUAUGAUGAUAUGAUUGAUUUCCACGCCAUUGCUUGUGCCCAGCAGCCAUCGGUCGUCAGUCAGAAGGAUGUGAUGCUUCAGAAGUUCGUCUCUCUGCAGAAAACUACGGUAGACACACAUACAUGCAGUACUAGCACUAGCACUAGCCCAUGGAAGGAAGAAAGCAAAAGACGGUGUCUCAUCCUACGUACGAUAUUCCACCACAACCACCCCUUAGUAUUCACGUACCCCACUCCCUCCCUCCCUCCCUCAAUUAUUAGUACUGUAAUGUACUGAACUUGUGAAAUUCAGUUGUCAUUGUGGAUUUCUUGUAAUAAAUCUGACCGCUCGAGUUGUUCGAGUUGG